AUGAGAUUCCUUAAAAAAGAAUGUCCCGAGGAUGCUAUCCAGAGUGCGCCCUCGGCACAAGAUAUCGAAAAGCAAGUGCGUUCCCACGAAGAAAGCCAUGUACCUGCUAUUGAGGCCCAUUCAUCAACUAUGGAGGCCAUCGAUUCGGAAAUGGAACGUCGUGUUCUGCGAAAAUUAGAUCUGCGAGUUCCGACGCUGAUGGGAUUUUUUUAUUUGCUCGCCUUUUUGGACAGAAGUAAUAUUGGCAAUGCAAAGAUUGCAGGAAUGGUGGAAGACCUCUCCCUCACGGGAAAUGACUACCCGUGGCUACUCACCAUCUUUUAUAUAUCCUACACGGUAUUUGAAUUCCAGGCUUUGAUGUGGAAGAUUAUCAAGCCACAUCAAUGGGCCGCGUUUGUCGUGUUCUCUUGGGGCUUAAUUUCAGCGUGCCAAGCGGCGACGAAGAAUUGGCAAGGCAUGAUGGCCCUCCGAUUUCUCAUGGGUGCCUUCGAAGCCGGAUUUGGCCCCGGAGUUCCAUACCUACUAUCGUUCUUUUACCGCCGACACGAGCUGGGUCUCCGGUGUGGGAUGUUUUUGUCCGCCGCCCCACUAGCGAACACUUUCGCUGGGGCAUUAGCAUACGGUAUUACCUCAGGCCACGGUGCAAUCGCCAACUGGCGAAUUCUCUUUAUUGUGGAGGCUAUUCCGGUUUGCGCGGCCGCACUUUUGGCCUGGUUCUUUGUGCCAGACUCUCCUGCAUCUGCUAGAUUCCUAAACGAGGAGGAAAAACAAAUUGCACGCGCCCGUGGACUUCAGCAAACCGGAAAGACAGAUCGAGAGGGCAAGGUACAGUGGAAAGAAUUAGCUCUAACAUUGCUAGACGCAAAAGCAUGGUUCACAGCGUUGAUGUACUUCAGCUGCAAUGUCAGCUUUUCGUCCCUUCCCGUCUUCCUCCCGACUAUUCUUAAAGAAAUGGGGUUCACGGCCGUCAACGCGCAGGGUCUCACAGCACCCCCAUUUUUCGCUUCAUUUCUAGCGACAAUUGCAACUACCUGGCUAGCGGAUCGACUCCAGCAGCGAGGACUUGUCAUUGCGGUACUAUCGGCGAUUGGUGGUAUAGGGUAUGUCCUACUUGCUACCUGUAGCUCAGUAGGAGUCCGUUAUUUUGGUAUCUUUUUGGCCGCCUGCGGAAUAUUCCCUUCCAUCGCAAAUAUCUUACCAUGGGUUCUGAACAAUCAAGGAUCCGAGACCCGCCGUGGAGGAGGCAUAAUUCUUCUCAAUAUGAUCGGCCAAUGCGGCCCGUUCCUUGGCACCAACAUAUUCCCCGACAAAGAAGGCCCUCGCUUCAUCAAGGGCAUGUCAAUUUGUGCGGCUUUUAUGUUCUUCACGACGGCUCUGGCUCUGGUUCUUCGUUGCCUCCUUGUUUGGGAGAACCGGCAACUGGACAAGAAAUACGGACCGAAAGUCGAGGCAGAUCCAAGUAAGCCAAGUGAUGUCCCUAUUGCCCAGGACAAUUACGGUGCCAGUUAUCGAUUUGUGCUCUAG